AUGGCGGACUCCCUCGUCGUUUCAGAUGCAUCCCAGGCCCUUGUGCUUGCAGAUGCUGCGCGUGGGGCCGCGGAGCGGUCUUUGGUGCUCUACGACGACAGCGACAACAAGCGCAAGGCAAAAGGUGUCGGCGGUGUCCCAAAGAAGGGCAAGAGGUUCGGCCUUCCGGAGGAUAAGCCGUUUCGGCCCCUACCGUACGUAGAGCUUCCGGUGGGGCUUUCCGAGGUGGAGGUCGAUCAGUUCCUGCGAGAGCAGAGGCUGGAGGACUUGAACCGCAAGCUCCAGUUGCAACAGUUGGAGGAUGUUGAGCCCGACAUCCGACCUCCGUCGCCCCCGCCUCUCUACGACCGUCAGGGAAACCGCUUGAACACCCGAGAAGUCCGCAUCCGCAAGGCGAUGUUGGCUGAAUUCAACCGGCUCAUCAGGUACAUGCUAAAGAACCUGGAGAACUAUGUGCCUCCGGAGGGAUGGAAACCGCAGCGCCUUGUGAAGAAGAUCAUCAUCCCCUACGAGGCCUUCCGUUCUGUGGCCCGCUGCGGGGCUGUUCGCUGCCAGGAUGCCCAGGCUCCCAGAGCCAGCUACUACGGCUCCUACAGUGGUGAUCGGUUUGGUGGUGGGAUCGGACAGAGGGUAGGGAUCGAUGAGCGGGAGGAGGCACAUCAGCCACUUCCCGGCACAGGCGUUGCAAGGAUCGCCACCUUCACCGAGACCCACGAGAGGCUGCAAGCCUGGGCCACUGCCGAGAACUGGAAGCGAGCAACCGAAAUACACAAGGCAGCUUACUUCACUAGAACGACGAACGAGAUCCAGGAGAGCGUCCUGGAACAUGUUCGACAACAUUACUGCAGCGCAUCAUACGUUGCUGAGAAGCCUGUUACAAUGGCCUUGUUUCGGCUCAAGGACUUGGAGGACUUUGAGAAGGGCCGUUGCAAGAGGCAUAUUCGGCAGCUGCCUUUGGUGGUGCAGGGAGUCUUCGACGAGGCGACUGAGCCAUGCAUUGUGGACUUUGCCAACAAACGCUUGGGUGGGGGAUGGUUGAGCUACGGAUGUGUUCAGGAAGAGAUCCUGUUUAUUGAGCGGCCCGACUUUGGUGCCUUGUGUGCGCGUAGCCUGCUCGAGAUGCCCGACCCCAGCAAGGAGCCUUUGGCUAGCCCCUUUUCCAUGGAGCCCAACGAGGCUUGGGUCAUGCGAGGGGCUCCGCGCUUUGCAAAGAUCGGCUGGUAUGGUAGGGCACCGAAGGAUGCCCUGGAGAAGGUGCUGUUGCUGGAUCCGAAGAAGGACCAGUGGAGCUCUCCUACCGUCGUGGCCAUGGAUGCCAUCAAGGCAAGCUUCGAGGUCUACACUUUGCAGCAUUUGAAGCUGAUGCUCCAAAAGGCCUACACAGGCUUCGUGGCCGUGAGGGAGGAUGAGCUCUUCGGAGAGACCGAGGUCUCCACUGGCAGCUGGGGCUGUGGAGCCUUUUACAACAGCGAGCCCGUGAUGUUUGCGAUCCAGGCACUUGCUGCGAAUGCAGCUGGAGUGCGCCUUGUGUAUCACACCUUGGGUGACGGACGUCGGCUGGCACCUGCCUUCGAACUCUUGGAGGAUGCGAUGGUCCGCAAGCUUACCAUCGCAGAGGCCUUGGAGACCUUGGCCGAGAAAUACCCAACCGCUUCCUUCAUGGGCGUCAUAAUCGGUGCCCGCGGCGUCAACCACAAGCGCUUGCAGGAAGCCAGUGGCUGCCGAAUCUUCAUUCGGGGGAAGGAUAUCGGGGACAAAUGGCAGACGGAUGAAGAGCUGCACAUGCCCCAACAUGUCCACAUCGAGGGAGAUACGGAAGAGCAGAUUGAGACGGCGACGAAUCUCAUCAUGCCGCUUCUGAACCCGGAGAGCCCGGAGUUUGAGUACGCCAGGACGCACGGGAUGCAGCAAGUGGCGGUGGUGAAUGGCUUCACGUUGAAGAAGUCAGAACAUCGGUGUGGGGUGUGUGGUGCACUUGGGCAUCUAGGCUUCGAUUGCCCGGAGUCAGAGGCCUACAGCUACAAGAUGGCCAACGUGAAGUGUGACAUCUGCGGUGAUCGGGGCCAUGUGGCCUCUGACUGCAAGCAAGCAGCCGAGCAGCACAAGAAGGCGGAUCGAGAGGCAUGGAGAAGAUUGAGGACACAUGACACACAGUACGACCCUCCUUUGACUGCCACAGGCUGGAAGCAGUCGAGCUGUGCCGGUAAGCAGAUUUUGCAAGACCUCCAGCGCACUUCCACGCCGGUGGCCUGCAUCUACAGCAGCCCGACCAUGCGAACCAUGGCCACGGCAGCCGCGAUUUCCAAGCAGCUCGCUCCGCUCGGUGCUGCCCCGGGGGUUUCCCCAGCCUACGGCCUGAACUGCUGUGCUGCGGCGAAGAUGGUCGGCGUCUCCUCGCGCUACUUCGCGCGCCCGGCGGACGACGAAACCAUGAAAGGAGUUCCCGUGUCCUGCUGGCCGCCAGUCGGAGAUGUUGAGCAGGUCGGUCGGAGGAACCGGAGCCCCGACGGAUUUGUGGAGACCAUCAAAGAACUCGCAGGUUCACAUCCUUCGGGGGAGGCAGUCGUAAUGGUUUCCCACAGAGAGGGUAUCUGGGAGGUCUUGUCGCACCUCCACAAGCCACCAACUGGAAAGUACUGCAGCACGCACUACUUGCAGUACGACCGUGUGUCCAAGAAGAUCAGUCUUUGGAACAUCGAGGAUCAUGCAGUUGAGCUGCCGACCCAGCUGGAGACCGCAGUUGCAAAACUAAGGAUCGGGGAGCCGGGUGCCUCUCCCACCGCCUCUCCCACCACACCAUCGAAGGGCCGGGCUCGGCUGGAGCUGCCCGGCACAGAGUGCCUCUGGCAGACCCCGGGCGUCGCGGGUCUUUGGGUCGAGAAGGGCUCUGUGGCCACGGGAGAGGUGGUCGAGCUCUUGAGCAGCCCCCAGGCCAGCGAAGGAGAGGCUGGCGAUUUCGUGCUAAUUCGAAAAGAGAACGGUAUCGAAGGUUGGACGCCUGCCAAGCACCUCAAGCCGAUGUUGGAGAAUGUGGAUUGGAAGGAGGAAGCAGAAAAGAAGCGGGAACUGGACGCGGAGUACGAGAGGAUGAUGAGCGAGCUGGGGCUAUCAACAGGCAAGAAGAAGCCACCAGCACCUCCGGCACCUCCAGGAACGGCUCCAGAGACACCUCUGCCGGAAGCGGCUCCAGAGACGCCGGCGCCGGAAGCGGCUCCGGAGACGCCUGCACCCGUGGCUUCGCCGGGGAACUUGCAGGGUGCUGAAGCAGCAGCAGCGCUCAUGGCCAGCCGUGCCAAGGCAUCGGGGCCUGGUCCUCCCAGCCCGACGGAGGGCACACCCGUCGAUGCUGACAAAGCUUCGCAGCCGCUUCCCAGGCCCCCGGACCCGCCUCCGCCUCCGGUGCCUCCGCCGCCAAAGGCCGAGCAUGGCAGCGCGCCGUGUUUUGGUGGCAGUGCUCCUAGCACAGCAUUGGCCCUCCCAGAGGUCUCCAAAAACGGUGUGUGGCCGCCGGUGCGUCCAAGGCAGCCCCUGAGACCCAGACCAAGGGCACAGUGGGCUGGGAAAGGUGCUCCUUACCGGCCGCCAGGCCCAGCGGUCAGGCCGCGGCAUGGAGAUGGCGUCACCAUCGCCUGCCCUCGGGUCCUGGCACAGCAGCUUUGGCAAGGGCCACAUGUAUUGCGCGAGAUGAGCCAGGAGACAGGUGCUCAUGUGUCGGUUAACGACUGCGCUGAUGGUGAUGGAGGGCCGUACUUCCUUUUGGCAGGUCCUCCGGAGGCUCGCGAGAUGGCGAAGAUGCACGUCCGCGCCUGGCUGGAUGUGAACUCGCGUCCCUGGCUUCCAGGCGGUCCGCCGUCACCGCCGCAGUCGUCGUUUCAACCAAGCGCGCCCUGGACAGAUGCCAGCUUCCCACCAGGCUUCCCUCCGUUUCCAGGCUUGCCAACGGGCCUACCACCAGCAGGCUUUCCUCCUGGCUUCGCGCCGCCCUUCCAAGCUCCCGCGAGUCCAGGUUUUUCGAUGGAUCCUCCGCUGGAAAUGCUGAAGCAGGCAAUGGGGCCUCCGUCUCCACCUCCCAGAAUGUCGGCGGAGGCGUACGACGAGAUUUGA